AUGGCGAGUUUGGAUAUUUUUUCCAACAAUCUCUCUGGCCUAAUCCCUACAGAAUUGGAGAACCUUAUUGAUUUGCAGAUGUUAAAUUUGUCUUUCAAUAGCUUGAAAAGAGAAGUACUGAAAAAUGGUGUCUUUGCCAACAUCAGUUGGGAUUCUCUCCAGGGAAACAAUCAGCUCGGCGCAUUUGACCAUGAGACUGUAGAAAAGCUAAGAGUCACUACUUGUGUCACAAAAACAAAGUUGAAUUCAGAUUUAGUGCUCAAAGUCAUUAUUCCAACCUCUUCUUUCAUUGUGCUUGUAUGUGCAUUUUCAUCAUCUGAACUGAAGGGUUUACCACCAAGGCUUUCUUACUCUGAAACCCAGAUUGCAACAAAGUUUGACACAAAAAAUUUGAUAGGGAGGGGUGCUUUUGGGUCUGCUUAUAGAGCUGUUUUCAGUACUAGUGAAAAUGGAAUCCACACCACAGUUGCAGUGAAGGUUCUUGACUUGACACAAAGCAAAGAUUCCAACAGUUUUGAUGCAGAAUGUGAAGCUCUAAAAAACAUCCGGCAUUGUAACCUUGUUAAGGACUUCACUUCUUGCUCCAGCAUUGAUCACACAGGAGCUGAAUUCAAGGCUUUAGCUAUGGAAUUCAUGUCUAAUGGUAACUUGGAUAAGUGGUUGUACCCAGCGGAUGUUGAGUGUGGAUCAACUCUGACCUUGACCCAAAGACUGAAUAUUGCCAUUGAUGUAGCUUCUGCAUUAGAUUACCUACAUCAUGAUUGUGACCCACCUGUAGUCCAUUGCGACUUGAAAUCUGGAAAUGUGCUUUUAGAUGAAGAUAUGAUUGUUCAUGUAGGAGAUUUUGGGUUAGCAAGGUUUCUCUCCCAUGAUUCAUCACAGAAUGGGAGUAGCACAAUUGGACUAAAAGGUUCAAUUGGUUAUAUUGCUCCAAGUAUGUUGUGGAUCUUACUUUAUGAAACUUAAAAGGAUUUAGGGCCCAUUUGGAUAGAGGGGGGAGGUAACAUCCUAUGUUUCUACAUUUUUUCCUCAAGCCUUUAUCAUUUCUGGUUGGAAAUACUUGAUUCUAAUAUCCUGAAAUUCUGUUGUAGAGUAUGGCUUGGGUGGAAAGGCUUCAACCAAUGGGGAUGUCUAAUAGUUUUGGGAUACUGCUGCUUGAGAUGAUCAUUGCCAAGAAGCCCACAGAUGGGAUUUUCCAGGAAGGUUUAAGCAUAAACAAGUUCAUCUCCGAAGUGCAUGACAGUAAAAUAUUGGAUAUUGCUGAUCCAAGGCUUUUCAAGGAUAAUGAAUCUUUUCUCGCAAAGCAGCAGUACUAAGUGAAGAUAGCAGCAGCAAGAACAAAAACAACAUUGCUUUCAGAGGUGACAAGUGUGUGGCUUCUAUGGUGAGAGUUGGACUGUCUUGUGCUGCUGAUUCAUCGAAAGAACGUUUUCCUAUGAGAGAAGCCUUAUCGAAGUUGCAAGAGAUUAAAAGAUGUUCUAUUGGAUGAAGCAUUGGAUUAAAUCUAUUUUGUGUAUUUAUGUUUGUUUCCCAAGCUGUUUGAAGCUAUAAAUUCUUAUGAUUAGAAAAUGCAAAUUGAUAUGAGGAUCUCUUUAAUGGCCAGUUAAUUUGAUCAUAUGUCAAAUUUUAUCAAUUCUAUUUUCUUUAUCAAUCCCCCAUAUUAAGAAAGUUCGGAAAAUAUUUAUGCGAAUAUUUGCUAAAACGAAUGAAUGCAAGAAGAUAAUUGCUUAGGCCAUAUCAUAAGGGCAUCAUAUUCUUCAUUUGCAGGUGCAAACCAGUGUGGGAAUUGGGCUGCAAUUUUUAUAUGAGGGAGGUUAUGUGGUAUGGUAAUCAAGUUACCGUAGGAUGUGUGUAUGUGCCAGAUAAGGAUGUAGUAUGAGAAGGUUCUAGUGGGGAAAUAUCUGGUGCAGAAGUGGCUGGUUGAGAAGGAUAGGCAUGCUGGGAACUAGUUUCUGCAGAAACUAGUGGAAAUGUAGGUAAAGGUGAAGGUUUCAGUACAGGUAGAGUAGAAGAGGAUUGUACAGUGGAAUUAGAUUGAGUAGAGGGCUGAAGAAUUGAUUGAGAACAAGAGUGCAAUAAAAAAGUAAGCCAAAUAGCAGGUGAGGGAGAAUUUGAGGGAGGAGCACUAGCUUGUGAGGAUGAAACUUGUGUUAAUGCUGAUUAAAUAAAACUUGCAUGGUAACAUAAAUUCAGUGAGAGUGAGGUUCAAGACAUCUGUAACCUUUUGAGUAGGGAGGGUAACCUAAAAAUACACAAGGAGAAGUGUGAGGUUGAUAUUUGUGGGUAUUAUAAGGCUUAAGAAGAGGAAAAUAAGUACACCCAAAAACUUUCAAGUGUAAUAAAUCUGGUUUGGCCUCAAAGAGGAGCUCCCAAGGUGAAAGAUUAUGGAGGAAAGGAGUGGGUAGGCUGUUUAUGAGUUGCACAACAGUAGAAAUAGCAUAUGACCAAUAAGUGGUAGGUAAUUUUGAGUGAGAAAGCAUAGUCAAAGCACACACAACAAGAUGCCUAUGUUUCCUUUCAGCCACUCCAUUUUGUUGGGGUGUGUGAGGGCAAGAUAAUUGGUAAGUAAUACAAUGAUUAGAGAAAAAGUCAUUAAAGGCAUUAGAAGUGAA